AUGGUCCUGCACUCACUCACAAAUAGCAGCGGCGACGAUUACUGCAGCCACCUACUUUGGAAACCGCCCUUGGUGCCGCAAUGGACGCGUCGAGUAACUGCCGCAAGAGCAGUGUAGGCCAAUACAAACCACUGCGGAAUCAUUGUCGCUGCUGUUCGCCGCUAGCUGCAACAACCGACGCAGACGGCAAACGAAGGGGCGGACACUCGAGUCGCUCGUCUGCGCAUGAAACACAGCUGCGAUCCCGUACAGACGCGAGAAACGUGACGUUAAUGAGUGAUUCUGUCCGCAGUCAUCACAAUAGCAGAAGCUGUAGCAGCAACAGCUGAAGCAGUCGUAGAGAAACGAGUGUCGUCGUCUUGUGUGCACGCGCGUGCAUUACAAUGUUGCUAAAAGAAUUAAUAGUUUAUCUGUGAAAAUAUCGUACAAACAACAGAACAUUAAUACCAGACGAAAAUAAGUAGAACAGGCUAUUAAAUACACGGUUGGCAGCUAGCGUGCAGACCGCUCAGGGUCAGGGUUGUCACUGUUAUCGUGCAAAAGAAUUGUACGGGAAAAGAUGCGGAUAAACUUUUCCGCCAAUGGACCGGCGAGUGCUACUGCAGCUUUUGUCAAUGAUACAGUCAUCGCAUGUGCUACCUUCUUAUACCAAGUCUGCUUAAAACGGGGGUCGGCCUUGUUGUGUUACGAUAUGAAAACCUCAUGAAUACGCUCAGUAAUCUAUCGUGGCACAUUGAUCCCGCGUUGGGAGUGGAAUGCAUUACUCAGCGUUCAGCUAAUGCUGAACCCAGCUUGCGUACGGUGCCGAAUAUUAUUGGGAGACCUUGUGCAUUUGGACCUGUGAUUAAAAAAAACCUCAAUGCAUUCGUUCCUUCAAUUUUGUCGCCGGCACAAAAACAGGGUGACGAAACUAAUGAAGUGGUGGAAAUAGGCAGGCAUGGACUUCAAAACAAGUACAAUCAACUUUUCCGUGGCGUGAAGGAUAUUUUAAAAGGUAGUCGAUACCUGGCACAAGCUACUCAAAUUCGUACCAUAUUAGAACAGCGGACGCUCACUGAAGCAAAUGGCGAUAAUCAGCAAAAUGUAAAACCUCCCAAGGAUGCUGCACCCUAUGCAUCAUUAUGGUUCAGCUCGACUCUAUGGAAUCAACCUAUUAUACAAAACCCAUAUUUGGAAACUCGGAUGGCGAAGGUGACUCACUUGAAGGGGCCGGGCUAUGACUUGGCGGUUCGCAGUUCACCGGUUUUCGUGUACCCUGAUUAUCAAACUGGCGCAAUCACUCCGAAAUUUGUUGUCUACUUCAACAUGACCGGUGGGCUAGCGUUAGCCGCAAUGGAGACAGUUUUGCGCAUUUACAAGAUAAUUACAGAUGCAAAGAUUCUACAAGGUAAUCAGGGUCAACCAGGGAUUGUUUUCCCAGCUGCUGCUGCUAAGGCUGGCGCUUACAAAAUUGUCAUGGGGACACAAUAUGCAGAGGUUUUCAUUUCUGCAUUCCAACCUGAACAUAUUGGACAUAGAGGGUGUUUGGCAGCAGGUUUUUCGUAUUUUCUUUGCGGACUUGACUCGGGUACGCCACCAUAUCGUGUGGUUGCAACGGGUUCGUGUGGUCGAACUCGCUUUGUCCUUAGUCGGUCACAUGCUGGGGACUGUCCACGACUCCCACUUUUUCACUAUUAUUCUAAGAAAAAACACAGCGAUAAUAACAAUAGCGCUAUUAAUAACAAUGGUGAUAGCACCAGCAACACGUCCCCAUCUGAGCGGAUGCUUGUCCCUAACACAUCUAAUCAAGCCUGCAUUAGCGAGAAAGCCACUGCUUCCACUAAAAGUACCGCUGUUAAAGGACUCGGCAGAAUUCUGUUGGCCUGUGAUGUUGGUCCGGAUGGUCAGCUCACUCCAGUCUCGCGAUCUUCCGAUGUGGUGGAACCACAACCUUUUCCUUGUAAACUAGGGAUAUAUGAAAAGGAAGAGCAGAUACAGCAGGGAUUGCAGAACGCGAGGUCAGCCUACGACAACGAUACACCAAGCCGCUAUAUCGCUACGCUGCCGAAAGAAGACGUGUUAAAACAACGUCUUCAAUCUUUCUGUUUAAAUACGGAAAUGGUGCCUGCAGAGUGCGCGCUUAAUUGCGUGGAAAGGAAGCCAACAUUGAAGAUGCUUCGUGAAAUGGCAGUGUUGCUUAACGACAAAAGUGCCCUGGUCAGGUUUGACCUACGAACCUGUGGCCUGUGUGCGCCGAGUCGAGCGCUUCUAAAUGACACGCAGAGGAAGGCGAUACUAUACCCCAAGCAACAGUCCUUUGCUGGUAACGAAAGCAAACCUGUCGAGGCCAAUUUUGCAUGUUCCGGCAAUACGUCUGAUAGGACAAUAGGCACUAGUCCUAAAGUAGCCAAAUACUUCAACCAGCGAUAUCGUCUUAUAUCGCGAUUCCGGAAUGACCUACACUUAAGUGAGGAAGCGUGGUUUUCAAUUUGUCCGGAGGAGAUCGGCAAACACAUCGCUCGACGCGUGGUUGGUCUGGCUAAAGCGCGAGGCGGUCGCCCUUUACGAAUUAUCGAUCCUUGCUGUGGCGCAGGGGGUAAUGCGGUUCAGUGCGCCACGAUGCCCGAAAUCGAACAUGUCUAUGCUAAUGAUCUCGAGGAACAUGAGAUUUCGAGCGCGCGGCAGCUGGCGGCUUUAUAUGGAGUGGAACACAAAAUGACCUUCAGCUGUGGAGACCUAUUUCAACUGCGUCCUGAGGACUUUGGCGAUAUAGACGCUUUGGUGUUUAGCCCUCCAUGGGGCGGUCCCGAAUAUCUGAGCAAGCCUAUUUUCGAUAUUAGUGAGAUGACACCAUCGUACGCCGCCAUCCUUCGCCAUUGUUGUCAGUUUUCAAGGAAUAUGGCUAUACUUCUUCCGCGAAAUGUGUGCCUUGAUCAGUUAGCAGCUAUCGCCGAGGACCUGCACAACCCGAAAAUCGAAAAUGCUCGUCAAGUGACAAUAGAACUGGAACUAAACCUAAUUGGCCGGAAAUGCAAGACUGCCACCGUUUAUUAUGGAGAGCUUACGAAUCAUAUGGCCUAUCAAUCUAUAAGAAUGUAGUAUAUUGCCCGUAAAAAGUAAUGCAGCCAAUACGCACUUAACUUCAUUAGGAGUGAGUUAUUUUUCAAAAGUAGACCCAACUAGAAACGAUCUUUUUUUUGUAUGUAAAAACAGAAUGUGUGUCAUUUUAUAAAAAAAAAAAAAAUAAUUUUAAACUAACGUAUGCCUGGCAAUUGGUCUAGACGUUUCUCAUUACGAUAAAUAUCUACAUAGUAAAGUUAUUCGGAAUGGUUACUCUGCUGAAAGAUAGACGAUUUGCUGAUCCGUCUCGAUAGUGAAUGGGUUGUUUCUUUAAUAUGGCAUUACACAUUACUCAUGAAGGUAGGUUAUAUGGCUCAUUAAGGAAUAUUAACACUGUUUUUGUUGGAAGGAUGCUUUCAUUGCUAGCGUGAGUGUAAGCAGCUGACGAUAAAAAAACGUGUGUGCUCUACCCGUAAUAAUCCUUGCCAGAGCAUUUAUUUCUAAUAUUGGAAGAAACAGUUCGUGGUAUCUACGAAGACAAUGCCUGAACUGUCUUCAAAAUUAAACUGCCGUAAAUUCUACUUCCUGUAUACGGGCUGCCUACUAGUUGGAUAAAAACGAAAUGUAACGCUAAGUUCUGGCUGUUUUUUUGGUCUAGCAGGUGUUAACCCGCUGGAUCAAAAAGGUUGGGUUGUGAAAAAUCUUAAAUAAUUCACCACAGUGUAGCGCGGAUGUUUUUGAUCGGACUUUUCUAAGAACUUCGUAAGUUAUUUUCAUCCCACGACGAUAAUUGCUAUCGAUCCCGGUCCUUUUUCUUUACCAAAUAAUACGAUGAAGGCCUAAUUAUUUCAUAGCUUUCACCUUCAUACCCGAUAAGAGGUGCAGUUAUGGGUUCCUUUUGCCGUUAAAAGUGUGAAUGUUUAUGAUGCUGCCACGCUGUUUCGGGCAACCUCUAGAUUCGUCAAGUCUUGGUAUGCCUUGUAAAAACCAACAAAAAAGCCACUAGAUUCUGGACCUGUUAAGCACUCACACUAAGUUGACCAGCGGUAUUUGAACUCGUCCGAAAAGCCAUUAAAAUGCGUGCUUCGUU